CCCGGCGCCUGCCGGGGCCGGCGGGGGACGCGGGCGCCGUGGCCGCUGCCGCCUCCUCGGCGGCUUCCCCGGGCAGAGCUCCGCCGCCGCUGCCCGCUGCGGGUGGGGAAGCCCGGCCCGGGCCGCUCGAGGGGCGCUCGGGGGCCGUGCCGGGCCCUUGCCCGAACGCUGACGGCCACGUCUCGCCCGCACGGAAGGCGAAGGGGCCCCUGCAGAAGCGCUACCGGCUGGGUUCGCUGCUGGGCAGCGGCGGCUUCGGCCGCGUCUACGCGGGGACCCGCCUGGCGGACGGAGCCCCGGUGGCCAUCAAAGCCGUGCCCCGAGAUCUCAUCCGGCGCUGGGGCGAGCUGCCUGACGGCACCCUGGCACCCCUGGAGAUCGUGCUGCUGGACAAGGUGUCCAAUGGCUUUCGUAGUGUCAUCCAGCUCCUGGAGUGGUUCGAGCUCCCCAACAGUUUCUUGUUGGUGAUGGAGCGUCCGGAGCGCUCUCGGGACCUCUCUGGCUUAAUCACGGUGUGGAGGUUCCUGCCGGAGGAGGUGGCGUGGGGGCUGUUCCACCAGGUGCUGAAGGCCGUGCGGCACUGCACCAGCUGCGGCGUCCUGCACCGGGACAUCAAGCCCCAGAACAUCCUCCUCGACCUGUCCACCAGCGAGGCAAAGCUCCUUGACUUUGGAUGUGCCACCUUCCUUCAGGACACGGUCUACACCCAGUUUGCAGGAACACCGUCAUACAGCCCGCCAGAGUGGAUCUGCUUCAAACGCUACCGCGGCGAGGCGGCAACGAUCUGGUCCCUGGGCAUCCUGCUCUACCAGAUGGUCUGCGGGAAGCACCCUUUCUGCAAAGGCACCAACACCAUCUGGGACCAGCUCCCGUUCCCACCACGGGUCUCUCGAGGGUGCCAGCACCUUAUCAGGUGGUGUUUGUCCAUCCGCCCCUCGGACAGGCCAGCAUUGGAAGACCUUUUGUGCCAUCCUUGGGUGCAGGGCAUUCACCUGCUCUAGAAGACAGGAGAGAUCCACGUGCUCACUUUGAUCCAGGGGCCUGACAGCUGGGCCCUUGGCAGAACACUGACAGCCUGGUCUGGCCCCCAGGGAAGGAGAAGGGGCCUCUGCAGAAGCUGUGCCGGGUGGGCCUGCUGCUGGAGACAUCAAGGAUGACGUCAGGGAUGACAAGCUCUUUGUUGUUGACCUGGACACCGGCGAGCUGAAGAUGAUGGACUUUGAUCCUGGCCCCUUCCUCCCAGACGUGCUCCACACGCCGUUUGCAGAUGAGUCCACACCCCGGGGGUGCUCCCGGACGCGGGCAUUGCUCAGCCUGGCUGGGCACCGAAGGUUCCCCCUUUGCUGGCGGGGAACCCGAUGAAUUCUUCAGCCAGCUGCCAAGCUGCUUCUUGGCAGGAGGGUGGGCGGGUGCUCUGGGCUGGGGGUGAAAUGGGAGCCUGGCUCUGCCACCAGCCUCUGCCACUGCCCCUUUGCUGGGCAGGGCUGGGGCAGGGGCAGCCAGCCUGCCAAAAACAAACCCCCGUGGGGGGAGCAAAGGCGGGGCUGCAGAACACCAGCUGCUUUGGGCUGCAGGCCAGGAAAGGCUUGGGCUGCCUUGGCUUAGGAGCCUUUUCUUGGGGCAAUGCAGCAGGGCAGGGAGAAGGCCUGGGUUUUCCUGAGCUGGGGGAGGUGGGGUUUUUCUUUGGUGUGGAGGGGUUGGGCCUUCCUCAGAACCCUGACAGCAUGUUAACAUUUUACCUUUUUUUCUUGUUUCCACUUUUUGUUUGUAAUCUCUUGUCAUGAAUUUGUUGCUUGUUUUCGAGGGAAGAGUUGGAGCUGGUGCCCAGUCUGGAUUGGGAAGGGCUGGGACCAGCCCUGGAGAGGAUCUGACGUCCCCUCUGAGAAGGCUGAGGACAUCCUUUGGGACACGCUCUUCUUCCAGCAGCAGAUCUUGUGAGACAGGACACCUCUGCCUGAUCUCCCACAGAUCUGAGGGAUCACUGGAUCUUCACGCCAGCACCAGGACUUUACUGGAGAAGAGCACAGAUCCCCAGCCCAGUCUGGGACACAGAACCCUCUGAAAUGGCAGAAGGAUUGUGGUGUGAAUGCAGCGCCCUCAGAGCCCUUGGUGUGAGCCCGGAAAGGAAAAUCAAGGGCAAUGGUUAAAGCCUUGUUGUUCAAUGUGGAGCACAGGAGAACUUUGUUCGCAUCGUCUCCCCAAUAAGGAGGAGGAGUUAGAUCUUCUGGUUGGCCCCACGGGCAGGUUGAGUGGGGGAACAGAAAAUCAAGAUGCAGAAACCAAUCUUGUAGGGGAACUGGGAUGUGAAGAGGCAGAUUUAGCAUAUCCAGAAGAAAAGGGAGAGAGAACGUGUCAGAGAGAGAGCAGAGAGCUUCAGUGUGGCUGCAGGAAGAACUAGAGCUAAACAAGGAGGGGUGGGAGUGGCCCUCCUGUGUGAUAGAACCCAGACUAAAUGGCAAAAGCAUUCAAAAUGAUGAUUCAAACCCAGGAUCCGGGCUAGAAGGAUCCUAUGUUAGAAGUGUUGUUUGGUAGUAGGGAGAAAGCAAUGGUUGUUAAAACUAGUCAGAGGUUUUUGGAAGAGCAGAUUUUGGUGGGGAAUAUCCAGGGUACAUUGGACAUUUCCUUUCCCACUGCAGAUUCCAAACAGGAUCCUAACAUCCCUAUUUUUAGAGAAAGGUUCAAUAGAUACCUGCAGUGGACGUUAUCUGGAAUGAAACAUGCCAGGCCAAAGGCAAUGAACACGUCAAAAUUCUUUGCAAUGAAGCAGGAUCACAGGGAAUAGCCUACUGAAUUUUUAAAUCAUCUGGAAGAAACAGCCCAAAAAUAUACUAAUAUCCAUCCUGAAACACAGGGGGGAAGGACUCAACUGGCCCCCAUAUUUGUGGGGCAGUCCUCAGAUGUGGUUAGGAGGAAAUGACAAAAACCUGAGGGACAAGAUCAAGAUAAUUUCAGGACAUUGUUGGAGGUUGGGAGAAUCAGCGGGAAUCAACUCAGCAGGAAGGAGUUGCAGUUCUGGAAGAAAUCCCUGAGGAAAUGGUGCCCCCGGGGAGAGGAAGAGGAUGAGAGCAUGGGCAGCCUGCUUCAAACAUCCCCCCAGGAGACUUGGGAUCAAUCCCUGUGCAUCCUGUAAGAAAGAUGGACACUGGAAAUGGGAUUGUCCACAACUGAAACUUCAGAACCCUCCGAACCCUCUCCUGGCAUCACUGACGACAACUGAGGGGGCACCAGAGGAUUCCUCCCCAUCAGAACAUCUGGUUCCAGCCAAGCUAAGUACAAUUGUUUGUGGCUGUGGGAACUUGUUCCUCUGUGUUAAAUAAGGGAAAAUGAAACUCAA